AUGAAUGUUACUGUCAAUUAUUCAAAGUACUCUGAUGGUCGGGUACCUUUAGAAAUUAUAACUGGAAUCACGCCAGAAAUCACUGAAUAUCUGGAUUUCACGAUAUAUGGUUGGGUGUUCUUUCGCAGCGAUGGCGGCUUGGGCGUCAAUCACAUUGGACGAUGGCUUGGAGUUUCGCACCGUGUGGGACCCAUGAUGACAUAUUGGGUUCUCCCAAAGAGCGGUAUCCCCAUUUCUGUGGAUACUGUCCAAAUGGUAACCAACGCUGAACAGCAAACUGAUUCUGUCAAACAGCAGAUGCAACGUUGGACAGCUGAUGUCUCUAAGACAGUUGACGCUAAAUCUACUUACAUCAACUGGGGGAAGGAAGACAUUCCUCAUCAAAUGAUGUUCGACUUUGACGACGAGGAUGACAAAUUUAUGCGCAAUUUUGGUAUGCUCAUCAACCCAGAGACGCUGGAAGAUGGCGACUUUGAGGGGACUGAAGAAGCUGCAGAUGACCUUGAUGCCCAAGAUUACACCAACAUGGAGAUUGGUUUACGACGAGGCGCAGAAGGCGAACUCCAAAGGGCAAAGGUGAAACGACGGAUAGUGGAUGAAAAUGGAAGACCAAUUGACGUCGCUAGCUCCAACCAAUUGCUCAACACAAGACAAUAUGAAGUGGAGUAUGCAGAUGGCGGUACUGAAAUAUUCGCAGCCAAUAUACUUGCUGAAAAUUUACUUGCACAGGUCGACGAACACGGACAUAAGCACCGACUGAUGGAGGAGAUUUCAGACCACCGUAAAAACGCUAAGGCAAUCACAAAAAGUGCAGGAUCGAUGCUCCUCCCUAGUGGAGGGACUCGAAAGCGCCAAACAACUGCUGGCUGGGAACUUCAUGUGAUCUUAAAGGACGGAUCAUCCAAUUGGGUAACACUGAAAGACAUGAAAGAAUCCUUUCCCCUUGAGGUUGCAGAUUAUGCCAAGUUAAAGGCUAUUGAAGAUGAACCAGCAUUCGCAUGGUGGGUCCCACAUGUACACAAAAAGCGUGAUCGUUUUAUAAGUAAGGUAAAAUCAAAAUAUUGGGAACGGACCCACAAAUACGGUAUCCGCAUCCCAAAAUCUGUCAAGGAGGCUAUUCAAAUUGAUCGAGAAAAUGGUGACACCUUGUGGCAAGAUGCCAUCAAAAUGGAAAUGAAAAACAAUCGAGUUGCCUUUGAGGAAUUUGGCGGGGACAUCAAAAAGGUAAUUGGAUACAAACGUAUCACUGGUCACAUGGUAUUUGAUGUCAAACUUGGUGAAAACUUCCGACGAAAAGCUCAAUAUUGCGCUGAUGGACAUAAAACGGAAGCGCCAGCAGCACUUACAUACAACACUGUUGUAGCCCGAGAUUCUGUACCAAUCUUACUCACCAUUGCAGCAUUGAAUGGUUUGGAUGUCCAGUGCGCUGACAUCCAAAAUGCUUUCCUCACCGCACCCAAUCUUGAGAAGUGUUACAUGAUUACGGGCCCUGAAUUUGGAGACGAAGAGGGUAAAACAUUCAUUGUUAGGCGAGCACUAUAUGGUUUGAAAUCUGCUGCGUUAGCAUUCAGGUCCCACCUUGCAGAAACAUUGGAGAACUUGGGAUUUUACUCAUCAUAUGCCGAUCCCGAUGUUUGGAUGCGAGCAGCUAUCAAACCAGACGGGGAAGAAUACUACGAAUAUAUUUUGUGUUAUGUGGAUGACAUCUUGUGCAUGUCUGAAAACGCUAAAGAUGUUAUGGAACAGAUAAGCUACAAAUUCAAAUUCAAGAAGGACAAGAUUGAACAGCCUGAAAGCUACAAGAUUGAACAGCCUGAAAGCUACCUUGGAGCCGGUGUCAAAAGAAAGGUUUUAGACGGUCAGCACAUGUGGACAAUCAGAGGUGGAACUUACCAAAGAAAGCCGUCACCCCAAUGA